UGCGUAAGUGUACGAGAGAGGAAGAGAGAGAGAGAGCGCGCGCUUCUAAGUGCUUUCUGUUAGACCGUUAGCUUGUGAGUUUGUUCAUCAGUGUGAGCAUUUGACACGGACAAAUACCAACAUCCAGCCGACAUGGGGAAGGUAGAAGGAGGAAUGAAAUGUGUGAAGUACCUUUUGUUCGUCUUCAACUUUAUAUUCUGGUUAAUGGGAUCAUUUGUUCUGGCAGUGGGACUUUGGCUGCGUUUUGACCCAGAGACUGUUUCUCUUCUUAGUGGCAGUAGGGCUCCAGAUACCUUUUUCCUUGGUGUCUACAUCCUAAUUGGUGCUGGCAGUCUGAUAAUGCUUGUUGGAUUCUUUGGUUGUUGUGGGGCUGUUAGAGAGUCUCAGUGCCUGCUGGGUUCAUUUUUUGCUUGCUUGCUGAUCAUUUUUGGAGCUGAGGUGGCAGCAGGGGUGUUUGGAUUCUUGAAUAAAGAUAAGAUAAUUAAAGAUGUGCAGAACUUCUACUCAGAAGCUUAUCUUGAAAACAGCAACAGCACAAUGAUCUUGUCCUACCAGAAAGUGUUGAACUGUUGUGGAACCAAAUCGACCCCCUGUGAUGCUGAACCCGAGUCUGAAAACAAGGAUUGUGAGACAAAAAUCAAAGACUUUUUCGACAGUAAACUCUUCAUCAUUGGUUAUGUGGGCAUUGGCAUCGCUGGUGUAAUGAUCAUUGGGAUGAUUUUCAGCAUGGUGCUGUGCUGUGCCAUUCGCAACAGCAGGGAGGUUAUCUGAGAUCCAUGUUUAAUCUACACUCGCCAUUUCCAUAAGUUUCAGAAAUUUGUUUUCACCCUGGUGCUCUGCUUCCAUCUUUUGAUCUGUUUAUAUUUUAUUGCUAUUAUUAUUAUUAUUAUCAUUAUUCGUAGUCACAGCCAAAUAGAAUAAUAGCUUUUGUAACCAUCUGUUAGGACAGUUUAUUUUGACCUGACAAUCUCUUAAACAGUUUUUUCUCUCAACCAUUUGGGAAUUUUAACCCACAUACUGUCACAGCCGUGUCAGUGCUUUUUCACACAAUCUUGACACUGACCCCUCGGCUGUGGGAAACUGGAGCCUUAGAGUGCAGUCUGAGGUUAAAACAGCUGAGUUUGCUUAUGUGUGACACAGAAGCACACACAUACUAACACACUAAUGCCAUGCUAUGUGAGACCAUAACCUUAGGAAAAAAAAAACAAAACAACUCUUAAUAUAAUAAUUGUAGAAAUUGUAAAUUUAAUUCAUUUGGUUUUUCAAAAAAUCUUUAUUGAAACCAUUGAUGCUCAAGCCAACCCUUUCCUCUGAAUUUGAAACUUAUAAACGGAUCCAAACAAAGAAAACAAAAGUGGCGCUAGACAUUUUCUGAAGAGAUUUUAAUGUCUUGCAAAAUCAACACCAAUUAUUGCUAGUGCACUGAUCUCUGUGAGAAAAUAGUUGAUCACAUAUUGUUAAUUUAUGCUAAUUUCGGCAGGCUGACCUUGUGUUUAAGGUUGUUUGCACACCUGAAAUGUUUAAUUCAUUUGAAACAACCUCCAGUUCUUUUCCCUCUUGUUGCAGUUCAUUUCUAUGGAUAUGAACACAACUAUUGCACUAGGUUGCAGACCAAGGCAACCAUACCGAGACCGGAGGAGGUGGUCUUGGUGUGGUGGCAAAUAAACUCUAGGCUGAGUUAUUUAUGGUGUGAACGUCAUCAGACCUCAAUCCAACACAAGCACCAGGUUUACACCCCAAGAUUGAGUCAUACGCCCUCCUCUUGCCAGAUCUGUACACAACCUAACACACAAAGACCGUGCAUCUUUUUUAUGAAAGCAAAAAAAAACUUGAUAUAACUUUCAAGAUCUUGUCAAUCAGUAAUCUUCUCAGAUAUCUUUUUUAUCCAGAAACAAAGUAAUAUAAUUCAAUUCUCAGUGUUUUCUAUUAGCUCAGAAGACUAAAUGGCCAAAAUAUUCUGGAGCUGCAGAUACCCCUUAUAACCAUAUGCAUAGAGAAAAUCCAUAGACUGCGAAGACACAGUCUUGUUGUUUGUGUUGGAAUAAUCAGGAGGUUCAGUUUUGUCUUGAUCCAGCCACAGUCUUGGUCCAUUGUGAAGGAAACCUAACACUCAGAAAGACACUCAAGUUAUUUUACCUUACGUCCAAAAAUACAGGUAAAAUACUCAUGUGAUCGUCCUCCCUAAAUAUACAGCAGAAUAAAACUACUUUUUCUGAAAUAUAUUUAGAACAUAGAGCUUAUGAAUAGAGAUGCUUAAAAUGAAUGAAAAUGCUUUUUUUGUCUAAAUGUUUUACGCAGAAAGUUGAACAAAGUGUCCCAGCUGAUUAACUGAGAACUUUCAUUGUCAGUUUAAAAUCUAUAUCUCAUUUCAAUAUAAUCUCUUUUGUGCCUUAAAAACACCUCUCCCAAAACAUCAAAAAAAAUGUUUAGAAAGUCAAUGUGUCCCUUCUAAUUCAUUAAACCAAGUACUGGAUGGAAUCAUGACCAAUGUGAAAUUGUUUACAUUUAUGUGGGUUGAACUAAGUCGCUGAAACUGCUGUCGCAGUUAUUUGAGUGUCAGGAUUCCAACUUGUAAAUAUGUUUUUUUUUUGUUUUGUUUUUUUUAUCAGUUGUAAAUUAUUUGUGGCAGAUGUGGUAGUUAUUAUUUAACAUGUUCUAUGUCAAAUUGUGUUUGGUGUAGAUGUACAGUGACAAAGUAAUGUCAGUUUUAACAAUUCGGAAAGAGAAUUAACUCAUACAGAACUUAUUAAUGUGCCUUUGUUUGAUGGCAAGCAUCAUGUGUUUAAAGAGCAAAUAAAUGUAGCAAUGUGUGCAUACGUUUGUAGAGAUGGACUACUAAUACAGUAGUACUAGGUUCUAUUUGAGAAGUGGUUCAUAUGUUGUGCUCCUGAAUCUUUCCUCAUUUAAAUUGGUUAAGGUUUCAAAAUUAAGACCUUUCCAUAUAGCCAUAAUAAAACCUUUUUUAUACCCACAAAUAAGUCUUCUCACCCAGAAUAAUCUGCUUAUAGUUGGUUGAUUAAGGUCAAACACACCUGUUGUUGUUGGUCAAUAGCACUGACCUACUGCGGGUUUUGCUUUUGUUAUUUCAGUGAAGAAUGAGUCAAAUAUAAGAACUAAAAGGCUUACGCACUACUGCAGGCUGCCAGUUGGCAGUGUUUACUCUUACGAUUCAGGCAACACAUAAGAGAGCCCCUAAAGUGCCAUUUGGUUCAGCAGACUUUCAGUGUUUACUGCUAUUCACUCCAAAAGCUGUCGCUGUGUAAAUUUGGAGUUGUGACAAAAUGUGAACCUUUAAAAAUAAAACUAUGCACAAGCUCAUAGAUGAUUGUCUGGUAAUCCAUUUUAGUCAAAUGUCAGGCUUCUCAGGAAUGCAGUUGUCUGAGGUUUAAUAAAAGUUUUACACAAUC